CGGCGAUGGCAGCGACGCGAGCCAAGCACGUGCUCGUGACGAUCCCGGCGUCCAACUUCUGCGAGAAGGCGCGAUGGGGUCUGCGCAUGGCCAAGGUAGACUUUAUUGAGGAGAAUCAUGCACCUCUCUUCCACUACGCCGGGACGGUCUCCAAGGGCGGGCGGAGCGUGCCCCUCCUUCUCGUCGGUGGCAGCAAGAGCAUCUUGAAGUCGAGCGAUGAGAUCAUGACCUUCUGCGGCGAGAAGCUACCGGCACUGUACCCGAACGAUACAGUCAAGGACAAGGAGCUCUACUACGACAACAAGUUUGGCCCGCACGCCCGCCGGUAUGCCUACCAUACGCUCUUCUCGAUGGGCCCAGUGGGCCGCGCCGUCGUCACGGACCCGCUCGAGAGCGCAGCGCUCUCGACUACUGUCAGCGCGGUGUUUCCGGUUCUCAAGUCCCUGCUCAUUCGGUCGCUGAACGUCACGCCGGAAGGCGCCGAGCGGUCGUGGGCCAAGAUCGAAGCCGAGUUUGCUCGCGUCGACGACAUCCUCGGCGCGGCGCCGCUGGGCUCCACGUACUUGGCCGGCCCGACGUUCUCGGCCGCCGACAUCUCGUUCUGCUCGCAUGUCUCGAUGCUGCUCGGGCCCAAGCAAAGCCGGUACAUUGCGCCGUACUUGAACCCGGCCAACAUGCCCCCUAAAUUUCAAGAGCGCUACGAGUUCCUUCGCCGCUCCAAGGCCGGGCAGUUCGUCUUGUAUUGCUACGAGAAGCACUACCCAUCGGCGCUCGAGUCGAAGCUCUAGUCGUCCAUCUUCGAUGCGUUCACAGAGUGGUCAAUGCACUUCUUGUCUGUCUACCUCGUGGCAGCUGCCACGAUCGUUUCGUGCUGAGCACUUUUCUGGUGCGAAACCAGAUCUUGGCUUGAAUUUUAGCCAAUACAAGCGUCCAGCGUACAUUCG